AACUGAACUUUUUUUCCAUCAAACUUAUCAUGAUUGUAUCACUACAUGAAAAUGUGUUAAGUAUAUUUUAACUUUGUUUAAUGAAGUAGUAAUUUUAUCUGAUCGAAGGCUGUAUCAGUAGCAUUAGCAGAGUAGAACUGGGAACUUCAUAUAUAGAUAUGUAGAGAUUGCCUGUGGCCUUCAAACUCUUCUGUGUUCGGGUUUUCUAGUUCCCUGGAGUUUUGUUGGUAUUGAUUGCUUGAUAUAUCGCUCAGCUAAGAGGGUUGAAGAUGUAUACAGUGGAGGGUAAAGAAGGUGCCAUAAUUUGCAUGUCGCUUGCCCUGUUCUGCUUGGGCACUUGGCCUGCUUUAAUGACUCUUUUAGAGAGAAGGGGUCGGCUUCCUCAGCAUUCUUACCUUGAUUAUUCUAUCUCAAAUCUCUUGGCUGCCGUGAUCAUUGCUUUGUCCUUUGGGCAGAUUGGUGACAGCAAAACCGGCAUACCAAAUUUCAUCACUCAGCUCUCUCAGUUUCAAGACAAUUGGCCCUGUGUUUUAUUUGCACUAGCCAGUGGGAUCGUUCUGAGCCUUGGGGACUUAGCUGUACAGUUUGCCUGGGCUUUUGUUGGUCUUUCAGUAACGGAGGUGAUUGCAGCAAGCAUAAGUGUUGUUAUAGGAUCAACCUUGAACUACUUCUUAGAUGGCAGAAUCAACAAAGCUGAGGUGCUUUUCCCUGGUGUUGGAUGCUUCCUUGUUGCAGUUUUUCUUGGUUUUGCUGUUAACUCCUCGAAUGCAGCAGACAACAAAGCAAAGCUCAAUGGUUUCUCAAAUGGUUGCAAGACUGGGACAGGGACUCUAGACUCUCCAUUGCUUAAAGAAACAUUUGAAAAUGGAGAUGGUACGAAAGAUGUGGAGAAUGGAAAUCUUCUUACAGAGAAAACAAAAGUUGGAACUGCAGACUUCCUCAUAGAAGUUGAAAACAAAAGAGCAAUCAAGGUGCUUGGGAAGAGUAUUUUGAUUGGACUGAGCAUCACUUUCUUUGCUGGUGUCUGUUUUGCACUAUUUUCACCUGCAUUCAACCUGGCAACAAAUGAUCAGUUCCACACAAUGAAAGAAGGGGUUACACAUUUGGCCACAUACACUGCUUUUUUCUAUUUCUCAGUAUCUUUUGUUAUUGUUGCCGUUGUUCUGAAUAUCAACUUCCUCUACUAUCCCAUACUUGGCCUGCCGCAAUCAUCACUAACAGCUUAUCUUAAGGAUUCAUGUGGCAGAAGUUGGGCCCUUUUGGCAGGGCUAUUGUGUGGAUUUGGGAAUGGCUUUCUGUUCAUGGGGGGUCAGGCCGCAGGAUAUGCAGCAGCCAAUGCUGCUCAGGCAUUUCCACUUGUGGCUACCUUGUGGGGUAUAUUUCUGUUUGGAGAGUACAGAAGGUCGUCAAGAAGAACGUAUGCAUUGCUCGUAAGUAUGCUGUUCAUGUUUGUUGUGGCAGUAGGAAUACUCAUGGCAUCAUCUGGGAAUCGGUAGAUAAGAAA